CAUCCAUGUUCCGAGAGCGUUUAGCGAAAAUUAAGAAAACACUCUGGUAGUUCUAGGAUGAAUACCAAUUUGAAGCACUGGAAGGAGGCGGCCACUCUUAUUUUAGCCGCAGGCCACAGGCUCGGUGCAGACUGUUUAUCGGCAAGGACACCGCUGACAGCCGCCCCGGGUUCACCGCUGGGCAGCAGCUACGGACGGUCACACCUGCCGCACAAGUCCUGCUUUGAUUACGAGGUUUUACUACUUAAGCGAAGCAGUAAAAGUGGAUUCAUGCCUAAUGCGUAUGUGUUUCCAGGCGGCAUGGUGGACUCUUCGGACUUUUCGAGUGAAUGGCUGGACAUUUUUAAAUCUUUCAGGAACUUAACUAAUUUUGGUUUGAGAAGUGUCACCCAGCCGGUGGAGACUAGACCUCCAAUAUUCGCCACAGACCGACUGAAACUGGGCUCUCCCAUCCCGGGAGAGGUCGCCUUCCGGAUCUGCGCCUUGAGGGAGACGUUUGAGGAGUCCGGUGUGCUCCUGGUUGUGCCUAAAGUGGAAGAGAAAAGUUUGUUAAAAAGCAUAGAGGACAGGUGUGCCACUGAUCAAGUACCACACAACAAUGUAAGCGAACUGUGCGGUAGUGAACUCACCAAGUGGAGGGCUCUGGUGAACCAGAACCCCUCCAACUUCAUCAGGAUGUGCAGAGAGUUGGAGGUGUGGCCCAACAUCUGGGCUUUACAUGAGUGGGGCAACUGGCUGACUCCCACAGGCCGUUACGGUGUGACGAGGUUUGACACAGCUUUCUUCAUCUGCUGCCUGAGGGAGAUCCCCCACACACUUCAUGAUGAAAAGGAAAUAGUGCGCUUUCAGUGGUCCACACCCUCAGAGGUCCUCCAGAGCUACCAGGCACGGGAGUUGUGGAUCGCCCCUCCACAGUUCUAUGAGCUCAGCCGCAUGUGCCGCCUCCCUUUGCUAUAUGACCUCCACAACUUCUCCAGCCAGCGUGCCACAGAGGGCUGCGAACAGUGGCUGCCUGUUGUUUCCCCAAAAGAUGAACACUACAUAUCACUGCUGCCAGGUGCUGAUUGGCUAUUGCGUCUAAGUUACAUCCAAACCAACAUUGAAGCAUGCCAAAUGAAUGUUUCAUUAAGUGACAAACGCUACCCGUUGGACACUUCAGGAGAGGCUGAGGUGGGUGCAAGCGCAGACCCUCAGCUGGAGGAUCCUCAGGACGACUCUGCACUGCACCGCAUUGUGAUCGUAGAUCCCUCCAGUAUAACUCUACAGAUCACCAUCACACCCAAGUACAAACAUCUGCUCCCCGUUGUAGAGCAAACGUUACCACGUGACUCAAAAAGUCAGCUUUGACUUGCCCUACCUGCUUGACAAGCCCCAAACCUGGUUAGUUUAGCUUGGUCGCUAAUGUUAUUAUGAAUUCACACUUAAUUCAGAAGACGUAUUUAUACCACAGACUCCUAUCUCAUAACUGUCUUCUAACCAUUGCUUUUUUUGUGGAAGAGUUUUUACUCCGAUAAGAGGAGGUUAAGUAAAAGUGAAUGGUGCAACACAGCUAUAAGCUGUGUGUCCGUCCCCUCAGAGGUCAGUACUGUCUCAAAACAGCUUGCUGUUGUUUAACAGAGCAAAUUUGCCUGUCACCAAGGUUGAACUCUAUGUGGACCAUUCUCGUGGAUUCAUUUCGCCUCCGCAAAAUUUUACUGUUUUGUAUCCUGGCAUGUCCAGGCCUUAAAGCUGUGACAUUGUGACACAUGUACAAUACCAGGACUCUGAAACUGAAGCAGCUAAAUGGAAUUCCGCCAUCAUUAAUUUUACCCAUGCUUUUCCUACUGUGACAUGUAUUCAAUGGAAAAUGCUUAUUGUGUCCUUGUCAAUGACAAACAAGACCUCUUUUCUUUGGGGAAUACUCCUGGUCUUAACCAGACUGUAUUAAUGACUCCAUGGCCAUGUUAUGUCACAGUCAUUGCCAUCAGACCUAGAGAGAUUUUAAAUUAAUUUUGUUUGAUUUAUUGGGAUCUCCAUUAGCUUGGACCAUAGCCACAGCUAUUCUUCCUGGAGUCCGUACAGAGAUCUGUCCAUCCAGAGUUUUGUUCGAUCAAUGGAGCUCAUUUCUUAUGAAAUGUGCUGAUUACAACAAAUAUGACAUUUA